AGUUCUAGCAACCCUCAGCAAGGUUUUGAAGCAAGUUUGAUUGUUUGUCUCAAGGCUUCUAGUAACAGAGGUAUAAGACGGGGAAGAUGGUUUCAACAUUUGGAGAUUACUUAGAUUAGGUUCAAAUAAGAUCACUAAGCAAAAUGUGCUCUGGCAAUAACCGGCGGUUGUUGUUGUCCACCAGGCUACCGGCUGCUGCCUUUUGAUCUUGCCAUCAGUCUUAACCCCUUAUCUACAUGGGGGAAUGAGUGAAGCUGAUGCCUGCCACAGAGAUGGAUGCCUUCCGACAGUCUUAUACUAGGCUGUGCAAAGAGAGCGGUGCUGAGCCUCAAGAGAGUAUCCUGCCACACUUGGAGGAAGCAACAGGAAGAAACCGCUUGGAUUUGGCCACCCAGAGCCUUUCUGUAGAUAGUUGCGGAGUCCUUGGCAAGCUCUUGCAGGAUGACCUCCAGUUCACUGAGCUCAUACUGAAUGAUUGCAUGCUGAGUGAAGAAGGGGCUAAGCUGCUAUUACAUGGACUUUGUGCCAAUACAGUUGUGAAGUUCUUAAAUUUGAAGGGAAACAACAUGCGAGCUGGUGGGGCUGAAGCUCUGGGAAAGCUCCUCAGGCAAAACAAGACUAUCCAGAGGCUCACUUUGGAAUGGAACAAUCUAGGUGUAUGGGAAGAAAGCUUCACUAUCUUCUGUGAGGGGCUUGGUGCAAACCAUCAUCUCCAGAUGUUGGACCUGCGCAAUAAUCAAAUCAACCAUCAGGGAGCAGGAGAACUGGCCAUGGCACUGAAAGCCAAUUCUAACCUACAAGAACUUGAUCUGCGCUGGAAUAACAUUGGGCUCUUGGGAGGCCGGGCACUUCUGAACUGUCUUCAUAGCAACCGGACAGUGCGGCAGCUCGAAUUAGCGGGGAACAAUGUACCAAGUGAUAUCCUGAAGGCUGUGGAUCAAGCAAUGGAACAUAACCAAGAGCGUCAGAAUAUUCUCUCCAAAAAUCGUAACAUGACAAAAGUUCUCAGCAAAGAGGUGAUGUGCUUGAAAGAGGAGAAAGCUAAACAGUUCUUGGAUCUAAUGGACACCAUUGAUAAGCAGAGAGAGGAAAUAAACCAAAGCAACAGGGUAUCAGCAGCACGAGUUGAGCGUCUACAAGAGGCCUUGAAUGAGCGCUAUUCGGUGAUGAAUUCUGUCAAAGCAAAACUCCAGAUGACAGAGGCAGCUUUGGCACUAUCAGAGCAGAAGGUGUGCAGCCUGGGAGAACUUCUAAGCACAGCAAAGGAGGAGCAAACAAAACUGAUAGAGAGCCACGCCAAGGAGCUUCAACAACACAAGAAGAAUUCUUCUGAUCGUGAGGCAAAGCUUCUGCAGAAACUUUCAACAGCCAAUGAGAAUAAUUUCCAGCUCAAAAAUGAGGUGGAUGAGCUGGAAAGAAGAUGUAAAAUCCAGCAAGAGCAGCUGUUCCAGGUGAAGGAGGAGCUGACCCACACAACUGCAGAAAUGAAACUGAGAGCUGUACAGGCUGAAGAACAUUUGGAAAAUGAAAAGAAGCGAUUCAAGCAGAUCCUGAGUGAUGCAGAAUCCCUUCGUGUGAAGGAGGUGGGACAGUUAACUCAGCAUAUGGAGACAAGUGAACAUGCUCUACAGGAGCGCAUCCAAAGGCUGGAGACCAUCCGCAUUGGGCUCGAGGAGGAAUUGAGCCAAGUGAAAGCUGCUGCCUUCAUGGAACGAGGCAAAAUUGAGGAAGAAGUCAUCAGAGUCAAAAAGCAAACCAGGUUGGAAGAGGAGCUGGGCAUUAAGGAACAAGAGAAAGUUUCUGAGGUCAGCAAAGUGCGUGUGGAGCUGCAGGAGCAAAUUGGUCACCUGGAGGCUGAGAGAACAGCACAAGAAGGGCUGCGGGGGAAAAUUGCAGCUCUUGAGCGCCAGCUGAAAGUGUUGUCCAGUAACCACCGGGAGGCACUGUUGGACAAAGAGGGCGAAAUCUCCAGCCUGCUUGAGAAAUUACGGGUUCGGGAGGCAGAAAUCUCCAGGAUAAGGGAAGAGGAAGCUCAGCGGGCCAGUUUCCUUCAAAAUGCCAUCCUGACCUAUGUGCAGGGUUCCCCACUUGGCCCUCUCAGCCCCAAGAAAUGAAACUGAGUUCUGCCCUUCGUUAGUCCCACCUUCAAGGAAAGGAGUCAUAGGAGGAUCAUGGUGGCCAGGCUUCCUUAUAUUUCUUGAAGACCAAAGAAUCUGCAUGGCCACUUUCCUGGAACUAAGUGUGAAGUGUCACUGAAGAACUUGUGGCUGUUUUAGAGAAACCAUCUUAAUUUCUGUGUCAAAAUCUUGUUCAACCACGGCAGCAAGAAUAGUCUUCAAGAGAAAGCCAUCUAUCCCCGUGUGUAGCCCACAGACACCAAUGUAUAUUCACAUGAGUUCUCCCUCACUGAUUUUGGCCUUGAAUUUAGAUCCAAAAUGCACUUCAGUGCUAGGAUUGUCCUUGGAAAAAACAAUGCUUUGAGGUGAUUGCCUCUUUGAAAUGCUUUAAUCAACAAAUAGUAAAAGGAACAUUUACUAAGUCAGCCAAAUCAUGUAGAUUUUUCCUAUACUCAUUUACUCUGCAAGAUCUACAGCAUUCCAGAUAAUCUCAAAAGGACUAAGGUUGGGUCUAGAGUCAUUUGGGACUAUCCUGACCCAGUAGAACACUGAAUUUAUUUCCCACGUCUGAGAAUAUCCCUGUUUUGUCUAGUUUUCUAAGGAGCUCUUUUACAGUAAACCUCAGCCAUUAAUUCCUGACUCCUCUGGACCUAAAGGUGAAACAGAUGGAGGGUCAGGGUUUGGUUUAUCCACGAAGCCUUUUCAGUUUCAGUAUGGAGAAGAGACAGCUUCUCUCCCUGAUUACAACAUUUGAAAUGUGAGCCAGAGGCUAGAAUAACUUCCAAAUUAUCCUGAUUUAGCAGUAGUUGUCUUGAGAACAAGAUGACACAUAUGGAACAAAGAAUGGUUUUUGGUUUUUAGUUUUAUAACUAGUGUGAAAAUGAAAGAUUUGAAAUGUUGCCAUUGUUGCAGGGGCUGGCUUGCAUUUAUUUCCAUAUAUAUUAUAAAUUUAUAAAUAGACAUAUUUAUAUGCAGUGAAGCAUGUAAGAAUAUCUGCUCUUACAGGUUUAAUUGCACAUAAAUAUGUCUAUAUUGCUUUGAUGGCACAUUAAAAUGGGUGAAUAGGUUUUAAAGUGGCAAGUAUACUUCAGGGUAAGGACUUUUCAAAUCAUACAUAUUAGAGCAAAACUUCUAAAUUUCACACAUAUUAAUGGGACUGCAGCUAGCAGUGAUUGAUUAAGAAAAAAAAUCUUGCAUUGGGAAGAUUAAAUAAAGUGGUGAUAUAAUAUGCAACAAAAAAGAAUUCUGUAGUAGAAAUUAUUGAAAAAGGAUUGAGAAUAAAACUGCCGAUGUAACUUCCAGCGCCUGAACUACUGUGUAAGUACUGCUUAGUUCUGUUAAGAUAGCUUUGGAAAAGAUGUAGGGAAGUUAAUGUAUUAGGCUACUGUAAAACGUGUCGCUUUUUGAUUUACUUAAAACUUACUUCUUGUCUUAGUUUAGCAAAGGAAGGUAAAAAGAAAGAACAAAAAACUUUCCAACUUUCAGACCUUCCCAGCACAAAGAUCAGUUAUCAGGAAUGGUUUUUGUUGUUGUUGUUGUUGUUGUUGUUGUUGUUGCUAUAAUGCCAUACCAAAACUAGGAGGCUGUCAUAGUGGAAGAUGAGUUACUUUUGACGCGUACAUCCUAUGUUACAUAUCAUUAGUUCUUGAGUAU